AUGUCAUUAUCAUCGCUCAAAGUAUGGAUCCGAUCGCCUCUAUUGUCAUCAACAACAACAGCAUAUUAUUACAACGUUUUCCUGUUUGUGGUAAUUAUUUGCCAAUUGAGUGUUGAUAUCUGUGGUGAAACAAGUGAUGAUAAUGCGAAACCUAAUUUUGUUAUAUUAAUUGCCGAUGACUUGGGUAUUGGCGAUGUCAGCUCUUUUGGCAACACAUCACUUAAUACUGCAAACAUUGACCGCAUUGGCAAUGAAGGAGCACUUCUUACCCAUCACUUGACUGCCGCAUCUGUUUGUACGCCCAGUCGGAGUGCAUUCCUGACGGGAAGGUAUCCCAUACGCACAGGUAUGGCUUCAGCGGCCAGAAAUCGGGUAUUUCUAUUUGUUGCGGCCAAAGGAGGUCUGCCAACCAAUGAAACAACAUUUGCUAAAACACUUCAGCAAAACAAUUAUGGAACCGCUUUGAUCGGUAAAUGGCAUUUGGGUAACGACUGCGACGCCUUAGGCGAUGCCUGUCAUCAUCCGCUAAAUCACGGUUUUGACCAUUUUUAUGGUCUCCCAUUGACUAAUCUCAAGGAUUUUGGCAAUGAUGGCGCUUCGGUCGUCAAGUCAUACUUUCCACAAUUCACUGCAUUGUUAGCUACUAUAGCAGCAAUAGGUCUAACACUUGCAUUCAUCACAUUUGCCAAAAAAUAUCACAAACUAUCACUACUUAUAAUCAUAUUCUUAAUCAUUGUGCCAAUGCUGGCACUGGUUGUCCAGAAAAGCAUUAAAACAAUUAAUUCGGUUCUCAUGCGCGGCACACAAGUCAUUGAACAGCCCAUUCAAUUGGAAGGCAUUACCGACCGGUUGGUCAAUGAGGCCCAGGAGUUCAUUGUGAACCAAACGGUGCAAAACAAACCGUUUCUUGUAGUCUUAAACUUUGUAAAAGUUCACUCAGCUCACUUUCCCAGCAAUCCAUUCAAAGGCAAAAGUGGUUACGGAAAGUAUGGCGACUGUGUCCUCGAAAUGGAUUCCGGAGUCGGAAGAAUAUUGGACUUUCUCAAGAAUAACAAUUUGCGUGACAAUACGUUUGUCUAUUUUAGUAGUGACAAUGGUGGACAUCUUGAAGAGGUCGGCAUUGAUGGUGAAAAGGAAGGCGGUUAUAAUGGUUUAUUUAAAGGCGGUAAAGGUCACGGCGCUAUGGAAGGCGGCAUUCGGGUGCCAACGGCCAUCAUGUGGCCAAACAAAAUACCAGCAAAAACAGUCAUAUCGGUGCCAACGAGUCAAAUGGAUAUUUAUACAACAAUUCAUAAAAUAACUAACAUUCCUGUGCCAAGUGAUCGUAUAAUUGAUGGCAAAAAUAUUCUGUCAUUGCUUUUGCAGCCAAAAACAGCAACUGAUGCGAGUCMACACAAAUUUCUGUUUCAUUAUUGUGGUACUUAUCUGCACGGUGUUCGCUAUAUGGAGGACAGGGAUCACAUUUGGAAACUGUAUUUUUAUCGACCAAAGUUCCGGUCGACCGGUGAAUACAAGUGUCAGUUUAUGUGUAUGUGCUUUGAACCUCACGUUGUUCUCUACGAUCCGCCAUUAGUUUUCAAUCUGGCCAACGAUCCCUACGAAGACUAUCCACUGGACGUAUUGUCAAAUGAAAGACAUAGUCUCAUAGUGAAGGAAAUCGCCAGAGCUAUCGAAGCGCACGACCAUACAGUAGAUCGGGUUCCUUCACAGUUUGAUUUUUGGCAAUCGGUUUGGCGGCCAUGGCUUCAGCCGUGCUGUCAGCUACCGAACUGUAGGUGUAGUGAACCGGUUCGCACACAACAACACAAAAUUAUGAAAAAGUAGAUAAAUAUUUAUUUUUUACACAAUUUUCUAAUCAAGAGAUUCCUGUAAUCAGC